AUUAUUAUUAAGGCCUUUUAUUUUUGGUGCACACAUAAUAUAUUAGGUGAUUCAAGGUUUAGGUAAAUCCAAGAAAAGGAAUAUUCUAAAACUGAUUUUUUGUAAGGAACAACAAGAAGAUGAAGACAGUGCCUCAAUCCCCUGAUGGUGGUUGGGGAUGGGUCGUGGUAUUCAGUUCACUCAUGUGCAAUAUUCUAGUAGAUGGGAUAGGAUUAGCUUAUGGAGUAUUACUACCAAAAUUUGCCGAUUACUUCCAGGCCUCUAAGAGUAAAGUGUCUCUAGUUGGAUCGGUAAUGAUUGGCACUUAUAUGUGCACGGGCCCAUUUGCAAGUGGACUAGUGAACAAGUUUGGAUGCCGCAUGGUUUCUAUAACAGGAAGUCUAAUAGCUGCAGUUGGUGUUAUUAUAGGAUCAUUUAGUCCAAACCUAGAUAUACUGAUAGUAACAUAUGGUGUUAUUGGAGGUUUAGGUUUUGGUAUGAUGUAUCUACCUUCUAUUGUAAGUGUGGGUUUGUACUUCGACAAAAAGAGACCUAUAGCAACAGGUAUUGCCGUUUGUGGUUCAGGAAUAGGAACUUUCAUAUUUUCACCUUUCUUGGAAUUUCUUUCAGAAAUUUAUGAUUGGAGAAACGUGUUGAUAAUCAUGGCGGGUAUAAUUUUAAAUGGCGCUGUUUGUGGAAUGCUCAUAAGACCACUUCAACUGAUACAAAAAGAAGUCGAAUGUAGCUCGGAGCAUAUAUACGAUGAAGUUGUUGAGGUGAUUGGAGAUAAUGAAAGAAUAACGUUGGGAGAAGAGUCUCUGCCUUUUCUUCAAGUAGCUCAACAUCAAAGCAAAAAGGAGCAGAAAACACCGAAAAACGGACGAAUUACGAAGUCUUUGGAUGACAUGACUCAAUAUGACAAUAACACAAUUAUAGCUGGUGAUAAAAUUGGUGAGGGAAGUGUGACAUAUAAUAAACCGUUCAGAUCCUUGCCAAACAUAAUGCACAGCAAUAGGUCCAUCCUUUCUACUUUUCUACAACAAAAAACGUUUUCAAGUAAAUGUUAUUUUCUUACGUCUUGUAUAACGGAAGUGUUCACUGAAGUUUUUGACUUUUCACUUUUAUCCAAUGCAUCAUUUGUGCUGAUAUGUAUAGGCAAUAUAUUUGGGGCUGCGGCAUAUUAUAUCCCGUUUAUGUAUCUAGUGGACAGAGCUCUAUUGUUAGGAAUACCAAGCACAGAAGCUGCAAUAUUACUCUCUGUGAUAGGUGUCAUGAACAUAAUUGGUCGAAUACUAUCCGGAGUUCUAGCUAACAUGAAGAAAGUCAAUGCUUUGGUUUUAAACAACAUAGCUCUUUUUAUAGCGGCCGUAGCACUAUUCUUACAGCCUCUUUGUACAAAAUAUUCCCUCUUGGUGGUUUUCGGUGUAGUAUUUGGGUUAUGUGUAGCUACAUAUGUAUCACUUGCACCUAUCAUAUUGUGUGAUUUACUUGGGGUAGAACGAUUAGCUAACUCAUUCGGCUUACUAGGUGUGGCUCGAGGAAUAGCUUCUGUAAUUGGACCUCUGUUAGCAGGAAUGAUUUUACAAGCCACAGGGAAUUAUGAUGCAUCGUUUUAUCUUGGGGGAGGAAUGUUUUUGAUGGCAUCUAUUCUACAUUUUAUGAUCAUGUUACCGUGUACAAAACGGUUAACUGACUUACACGCAAAAAAGGAAACGGCUUCAACAUAGCAUGUUUAAAUACUGACAUUUAAAAUAUCAUCGAAAUAUUUAAAUAAUUUCAUUCAUUUAUUUAUGCAUAAUGACAGAAUAUUAUGUUAUAAAAAACUAUUAUGAUUACAACAUUUGAAAAUUGA